GACGUCUCCCCAUUGGACGGAGGAGCUCCUCGGGCCUACGUCCGACCGUUUAUGCAAAUGAGCUCUACCCGAAUAUGGACACGGAGGAAUAAGACAUGGUGGAGGAGGCGAACAUGGACGACCGAGGACCGUGAGAGCGCCGUGUUUUCUGCGGGGUUGUAGGAAGAAGUGGAUGUACCUCCCGUGGGACUUUUUCAGCGGAGAACCUCGGUGGAAAGUUUUGUAUUUAUGUCUAUUUGCGCCGACAAGUGCGUCGAGGUAGACUUUGUGGUAAUGCAGUGAAGAGCGACUGUUUCUGGGGAUAAAAAGCAGGGCAGGGGGCUUCAGCCGUCUACCCAUCCAGACGCUAUGCCGUGGGUCAGCGGCAGUAAGCGCAGAGAGAGCUCGGAGCUGCCGCUGCCCGCGGGCUGGGAGGAAGCCCGGGACUAUGAUGGCAGAGUGUUUUAUAUCGACCACAACACCCGGCAAACUUCAUGGAUUGACCCCAGAGAUAGGAUCACCAAACCGCUGACAUUUGCCGACUGUGUUGGAGAUGAGCUGCCUCUCGGCUGGGAGGAAGUUUAUGACCAGCAAGUGGGAGUUUACUACAUUGACCACAUCAACAAGACCACCCAGAUUGAGAACCCACGGACUCAGUGGCGACAGGAGCAGGAGCGCAUGCUGAAGGAAUACCUUGUGGUGGCCCAGGAGGCCCUCAGAGCCAAGAAAGAGAUGUACCUGGUCAAGCAGCAACGUUUGGAGCUGGCACAGCAGGAAAUGUUACUCUUCCACGAGCUCACUGAGGACAACCGCUCCAUCACUAGCACGCUCUCUGGCUCGUCCUCAAACUCGAAAUAUGACCCUGACCAAAUAAAAGUGGAAAUAGCUUGUAGACGAGAACGGCUCUCCAGACUGAAGCAGGAGCUGGCCCAGGUGAAGCAGGAGCUACAGUAUAAGGAAAUGGGAGUGGAGACCCUGCAGGAGAUCGACAGGAAGAUGUCCUGCAGUCAGACAAACUACAAGCUGGACGAGGCUCAAGCCAUCUUCAGUGAGCUGCAAAGCAUCAAGAAGGCCAUCAACACAGGCGAGAAGGAGAGGCAGGACCUCAUCCAGAGCCUCGCUAAGCUGACGGCGAACUUCCAGAGCAGCUUGUCUAUCGGUGAUUCGGCCAGCGAGGUGGUAAACAGCAGUGGAACUGCUGGUGACUCGUGCAUACUGCAGCAGUACUGUGACACUGGCUGUCAGACUGACAUCAUGGGGGAGUACGGUCCCCAAGACUGCUCAUAUUUGGUGGACAAAGUGAAGCUCAACUGGCAGUACGAGGAGGCCAAGAAAAAGGUGCAGAGCAUCCAGCACCAGCUAGCACAGCUGGACAGUGAGAGCUGGUCGGGGCGUGCCGAGGCGGACCGGGACCGGGACUUCAUGCAGCUCUUGCGCGAGAAGGAGGCCCUCCUGCAGGAGAUCAUCCUGGUCAGCAAGCAGCAGCACCCGCCAGAGACGCUGCUGCAGCUGGAGGAGGAGCGCUCCAGGCUGGAGGAGGAAGUGCAGAGGGCCCACAGCUCCCAGAGCCAGGGAGCCAAUCAGAGGAUCCUGCAGCAGGAGAAGAGGAACGCUCUGCUGAGACAGCUGGAGGAGGCAACACGCAUCACCACAUACCUUCACUCCCAGCUGAAGAGCCUGUCGGCCAGUUCACUGACAGUGUCGUCCAGCAGCAGCCGUGGCUCUCUAGCAUCUAGUAGGGGCUCCCUAGCAUCCAGCCGAGGCUCCCUCAGCUCUAUCAGUUUCACUGACAUCUAUGGUGUCCCCCAGUAUGACCGUCACGAGGGGACAGGAGAGCCAUUUGACCCCCACCUGCGCUACCUGCUGCCCCUAGAGACCGUGCCCAGAGACUGUUCCAUGUUCACUCCUGACCCCCUGACCCAGAGCAAAACCAAACGCUCCCAUGACACCCCGCAGUCUCUGGCCUCCCUGUCCUCCCGCUCUUCGCUCUCCUCUCUGUCACCGCCCAGCUCUCCCAUGGACACACCCUACCACUCUGCCCCUCAGGACUGCCCCCUCACGCAGAUGACAGAGGAAUACAUGGAACUGGCAGGUCGCGGCCUGUUAGAAGGGCUUCGAGUGCAGUCACAAGCCCUGCCACAUUCUGCCAUGUUGAGCAGCGAGGACACGGUCAACCCUGCCACUGUGCAUCAACUGGACAACAAGAGUCACAGAGACAGCGGAGCUCAGGGGCCCUUUACCUCCACAGGAGUGACUCUGAGAGGGAACAGUGCCAAUAGAAAUGGCAGGAGGGCCAGAAGAGUGUCUGCGGGUGUAUCUGAGGAUGCUUUGGCCACAGACAGUGGCGUCUUUGAAGCCUGGGGCAGGAGGGCAGAAGAGUCUGAGGAGAUGUCAUACAUGAAAGAGCUAACAUCUGUGAGUGAGCCCACCCAGAUCCAACUGGGACUGCUGUGGGAGUGCAGUUCUCAGUCUCUCCGUCUGCAUUUGCUACAGCUCAAGAAUUUGAACAGGUCCCUUGUGAGAGAUGGCUAUAAAGUGUAUGUGAAGGUGCAAUUGAUUCCACUGGACGCCAGCAGGGCAUGUGCAUUUUACUGUUGUACAGCAUUGGAGCCACAGUCCCUGAUGAGUUUCAACGAAGGCUUCCGCAUUCCCGUCCCUGCAAACUCCCUGGUGGUGUGCACUCUGCAGCUUUCCGUCUGCUCACUGGGACCUCAGGCUCAAGAGGAAAUACUGGGCACAACCCAGGUGAGCCUGGCAGAUUGUGAGGGAAGCGCGGACAUGGUUUACCAUUUGCUACGAGUCCAGAUGUUGAGCAGGACGGAAUCAUUGAGGCCUGACCAGAAAAGCCUGAGCCACCGCAGACACCAUGACAGCCAUGAUGAUGAGCAAAGACCCAGGGACACUGUAUGCACUCUGCUGUCACGCACCACCACCACCCAUCGGGAGGAGCAGGAUGCAGAGCUGGAGCUGCAGAGGCUGGAGAAGAAGGAUGAGCCAGGGGAGGCAGCAUCUGAGAGGAGUUGGCAGGCGGAGUCGGUGGACAGCGGCUGCAGCAACAGCACUGCCUUCACAGCUCCCUGCUCAGAGGGCCUGUGUGCGGAGGGCAUCUGCAUCAUCACCGGGGGGCACUGCAAUCAGACAAUCAGCAAAGUCUGCACAGUAAAGGUGGAGAAGGCCACCAUGACAGAAGGCCUGUUCCCAGAACUGGUGCGAGUCCGGCCCAAGGAGCGGGGAGGACGAUGGGGUCACACCUCCUCCUUUAUGCGUGGCAGCACCAUUGUUCGCUCUCAGACUUUCUCUCCUGGGGCUCGUAGUCAGUAUGUCUGCAGGUUAUAUCGAAGCGACAGUGACAGCUCAACCCUACCAAAGAAGUCCCCUUUCGUCAGGAACACUUUGGAAAGAAGAACACUGCGAUAUAAACCGUCAUACCGCUCCUCCCUGGCCGAGCAGCCGACCCGUACCUCCCUGGACCUGGAGCUGGAUCUCCAGGCCUGCAGGACGCGUCAGAGGCAGCUGGAGGAGGAGCUGAACGCCCUGAGGGAGCUGAAGCUGCGACUGGAGGAGCCACAAACCAGGGAGGCCACCGAUAUCCCCCACUGGGCCCUGAGGGACGAGCGCUUCCGCUGCCUGCUCAGAGAGGCCCAGAGACAGGCGAGCCAAAGCAAGCAGGAGCAGCGUCAGGAGGAGGCGGUGGAGAGGAGGCUGAGGAAGGCUUCCAAAGAGGUUCUGCAGAUGAGGGGGCAGAGCCAAAAGGAACCCCUGCCUGUGCAGACAUUCAGAGAGAAGAUGGCUUUUUUCACAAGACCAAGGUUCAACAUACCUCCUUUGCCAGCUGACGAUGUAUGAGACCUUACCUCUGUAUUACGUGACUCGACAUGAAGUAUUUGUCAAAUAUUUUCCCAGCUCAUGAAGUACAAGCUUCUCUCUACCGAGGACACAGGCGGGGUGACACACAGAUGAUGUUGAAGAUUAGAACGUUUCGCUUUUUCAGAAAUGUUUGUGUGGCUAUUCAUGACAUGAACACAGCAGACACAUGGUUACCGACAAUAGCAUGACUGUUCAUUUCCUUUUUGGGGACGACACCUUUCAUAAGGAGACGGUAUCUCUUCACUCCUGGUUUACUUCUGUUUGUACAAAAAGGCUGGAAGACGGGAACAAAGGUCUGUUUGGACAAAUUCACUGUACUGUAACUUAUUUUAUAGUACUUUUCCUUGAAGGAAAUUUAAAAAAUAAACGCUUCCUGCUCUUUCAGUGUAUUGUGUAGCUUUGAACAAAUAGCACUUCAGUGUUUUUACAUACAGUAAAUGGAAUAGAUUUUUUGGCCUUGCCUCAAACAAUUAUUUACAUAGAAUGUUUGUAAUCUGCUUUUAUUACGGAUGUUGUCUUUUUAUGUUAAAAUUACUUCAUGUACUUUUCAAUAUAUGGAUGAACAUAUGAAACACUGUAUUCAGAUUUUUUUUUAUGAUGUAUGAACAUCUGCAGUGUUACCUCUUGUGAAGAUAAAACUAUUAAACCGCAUCUCAACGCUUUGAUUUUAUCAGCUGCAUACGUUCCAGAUGCAGGCAAUGCUUAGGGAUUUAACUCGUGAUUAGCCUCUGUAUAUUCUGCACACAUUUUCUUCAAGUGUGUCACAAUGUUACACGUGAUUUUAUGUAACCACAAAGGGGUGGUGAUGACCCAUUUGAAGUCUACACUUGCGAUUCUUGAGAAGGCUCACCACACACAGGCAGCUGUGUCAGCUACUUAUCUUGAUACAACAUCCUGUUUGAGCUUUUCCACACAAGCUGCCAGAAGCCAGGGAGAAGCAGAAUGUGGUUCUAUAACAUUACAGUGCCGGUACAUGUGUUACUAGUAAAGAACAGUGAAACGUGCACAUUCUUAUUCCCAAACAAAAGUGCCCACGCAGCCCUCGAGGCAAACCAGUCCCAGGUCUGUGCUUGUCUGUGGGUAACUGUCAGGAUAAGGGCCAGCUUCAUAGGCAGUGAAUGCAUUUCCCAGAGGAUGAGUUUGUGAUGCAGGCCAACACAUUGUUGAGCUUGUUAGUUUCAGUACACUGUGGAAAAUCAACAUUCAGACUACACUUAAUCAGUGACCUGUAGUUUUGUAAUUAAUGGCCUAAAACAGGCAAAACCUAUGUGGUCCUUUAAGUUGAGCUAAGCUAAGUCAGCACCUUGUUUACCAGUAAAAACUACUAAGUUACAAAACAUACUGAAAAAUAUCAAUUUACCAUAAUUUAAUACUAGAUGUGGACCAGAAAAAAAGCAUAAUUGUGAUGUGACAGAAAAAAGACCAAAUACAUCAUUUAAUACAAACUAAGAUCUAAAUGUCUAAACGUCUACCAUGCAUCAAGUGUCAUAAAAAUUUAAUAAAUUAUGCAUUGUAUUAUUGUCACUCUUCAAAACACAACACUAACUAUCAGUUUGACAGCUGUUUGCAUUAGAUAGACUGUAAUAAGGCAGCACGUACCAGGGACCAUAUCUGUCAAUGUUUACAUCUGGUAAAUGAAACCCCUGCUGGUCUACUGGGUAAAUAUACAGUCAGACUAUUCAUCAUAUAGACUCUAUAUAAUAACGAGUCCAAAUAAAAUGUGAAAAAUCUUUCAUUUACAAGAAUACGUGUUCAAAUUCUAUGAUAUAUGGAUUUAAAGAAAAAGAUUGUACCUGUCAGGUUGUGAAAUUAACAUUUCUCAUGAUGUCGUAGCAGGUGAAACGCUGAGGGGUUGAUGUUAAAACAUGCAGAGUGACGCACACAGGUAAAGUACAGAGAGCAGAAAGUCUCUAUGUCUCCAAAGCAAUGUUGGCACCUCACUGAGUUACGUGGAAUUUAAAACUACUCAUUACACUUGCGCAACAUCACAGGAGGAUGGGUCACACAGCAUCCUUAACGUCACAGCAAUUUACAACCUCUACCCAGUCGCACAACAACAACAACAA